AUGAAGAACGACAAGAAUGGCACAGAGGAAACCGACGACGACACUGAAUUUGACCUACUUCAAGACAAGGCCGUCUACACUACUGUUGAUGAAGUUGCAUUCAAAGAGGCUCAAGACAAGUUCAUCUACAUCCGAAAACACUUGUCCAGCCUUGACGACGUCAAGCGAUUUCUCAAGUCAGCCAAUACCGCAAACAUUGAAAUCUACAAAAAGAUUGUCGAGCGAUACGAUAUUGUCCUUCUAUCGCCGCCGCCGAGGGCGACUCUAGAGCUCAACGACAGCAAAAUUCAAUGCCGAAACCCCUACUCGACAGAAUUAUAUCCGACGCAGAUUACUUGA